UUUGGUUCGACUGCUCCGAUAAUCACUGGAGCUGGAGUUUCGGUUUGUCCGAGAACUCUUCGACGACUACGCACCAAAAGGCAUCGUUAUCAAGAGACGCGGAAAACGCCGCGCCGACCACAGUUGGCGCCGACGACAGAAUCUGCGGGACGCAUUGGAUGUUUUUACGUGGUCUGUCAUUCGCCUUUACCAAAACAAUAGCAUCGAGGUGAUGAGGAGCGAUGAAAGACAAAGAACGAGGCUCCCACCCGGCAACACGGAAAGACAACAUAAACAUAAUAAUCGGGAUCAAGAAGGAAGACAUCCGGGACAAGAAAAUGAACGUCUUCAUCAUCAUCCCCAGCGAGAACUACAUGAUACUGCCAAUCAAGAUGCCGUACCGUCACUCCCUAAGGGUUCUACCCCGAACAAGCUUCGUCCACACCUGAGGCAGCAGCAGUGGAAGCCCUUCAACCGAGCGAGCUACCAAGAGCGCCUUCGGCACUGGGAAGCCAGGGAACUUGAAAUGGCCACGAGGAACGCAAAGCGCGACGAGGAGCAGAAGCAGGAGAUCCUUCGGAGAGUGGCUUGGGCGACAGCCGACGCCAAGUUCCACGAAGGCUACGACGACCGUGUCAGCGACAGCCAGUUCUACAGCGGUGCAAGUCUUCGGAUCAAGCGUGAAAACUUCGACAAGGAAAAGUUCCUCGACUACCGGGACUACUUUGACGAAAAGAAGGAGCUGAUGGCCCUCAAGUCCCGUCUGGAAACGAGCGCUGGAACGGGACCCGCCAACGGAUAUUCCGGGCGACUGGCAUCCACGAGCUCUUCUCCGUCUUCGGAAGACGACGCCUCUUGCAGCCACAGUCGCAGCAGCGAUAGCGAGAGUAGUAGUAGCAGGACUACUAUUAGCAGAGCCACUAGUAGUCGAACAAGCGACGAAAAUAGGAAUGAAGUUAGUAUGAGAAGGGCUGGCAGAUGUGAUACUCCUAGUAGGUCUCCUAGGAGGAACGAUCGCAUUGCUCCAAGUGUCACGAGCAGCAGCCGCGAGGACACUGGAGAGAGCAGCUUAUGGACACCGCCUGCAGACCCGAGUGGUGUCGGUUGGAGGCCGCCCAAUGGCCAUCGGCGAGCAGCGCUCAUAGUAACUACGAUAACCGCCGACUCAACGACAAUCGAGUCUGCUUGGUGGUGCUAGAACGAUGGAUUGAUUAAGAUACUUAAUGAUAGAGUGUUUUUUUUUAGAUAGGAGAGUUUUUUUGUUUUUUUGUUUUGUUGAGAGCUGUAAUGGAUCUGCAUGUCGAGUGCAACGAGCACUACUAUUUAACGUUCACACUCGUUUCUAUUUUAUGUAUUCACUCCUCUGCAGUUUAGAGGGUAAAACAAUUGUGUUCACCGGUACCCACGUUGCUUGUCAAGCUUCGGCGUAGUCACUGAUUCGCACUUUUCGAAAACUGUAUGCAGUCACGUUGGAAAAUCGUCCCUAUCGUCUGCUAUCUUUAUGAACGGAAAAACAGGUUAUGUGGUAAUGCGAUUGUGGCUCCGAAUUGCGCCAAAGGGCUCAGCUUGCUGCAUUUGGCCACAACACGAGAAGUUUGCGCCAAGAAUUUGCUCGUUUACCUCGAUUCACAAACUAAGAACUCAUAUCCUCUACACUGCCCUAUUUGGUUCGAACUCUGUAUUAGCGGGCUGUGUAAUACACUAUUCACUUAAGUCAUCGACCUCUCUGGGCGGCAGCUGACAUCUGUUAUGUUGGCGGUGUAUUUGAUGGCUUCUUGCGGGUAAGGUUCUUCUCCGGAAUAAUCUUGCGUGGGAUUUUGGACAAAUUCUUCAGUUCUGUUGACUACCGGGACAUUUCAUCUGGCUUAGUACUGUUCCGAUCUUAAAACGGAAGUGGAAUCUAUCAAACGACUCUUGCUCCAUUGAUCACACGCUUGAGCACCUUGAGCUACGUGCCUGGGAAUGGCACACGAAGCGAUGUUCUCAGCGGUGGUGGAGAAGAGGUCAGUAUCGAGACCUCUGGUCCUAUAGUUGUCCCGUUUAUCCGAGAGGAAUCUUUCCAUGACGGCAGAUCUAAUGUUCUGCAUUGAGAAUUGUCCACUCAAUGCAUGGUGGUCGUCUCGCACUGCCUUAUUAAGGGCUGUUUAUACUCCGACGAUGAGCGAAGUGAACGCAGCGUGGCGCAGAACGCGCGCCUUUUAUUGGCUGACGACCAGGAACUCGAUAUCUGCGACCAAUCGGGAUCAGUGUGCGCUGCGCCACGCCGCGCCCAUUGACGUUACGUUGAAGUAUAAACGUAUCUUUAGAGCCGCUACCAUGCGUGAUGAUACUGGGUAGCGAGGCCAGUCUCAUAGCACCGUUGCGUGGCCCCCGGAAGGGCAGUUCUGGCAUCCGGUCGACAUAGUUAAUGGUGGGCAGGAGUGACCGCUGUGCCAGUCCGUGAUCUAUAACUAAAACUUCGUGUUUUCGGUUUUUUUUUUUUUUUUGUGAAUUUGGAGUGUGCUUUUUGGAGUUUAUUUUUUUAUAUAUAACCAAUUAUUUUAAAUUCGGAGUUUAGUUUUACUCUGUCCUUAAUUUUUGUUUCCAAAAUAAAUAUAAUAUCCAGACAAAAACGUACCCUAAAUUCAUAAAAAGAAAUCACUGGUAUCGAAAUCCAUUUCUGCAGCUGCAUUUGCCAUUGACGCCACCAGGACAAGUCUUGAAGACAAGUGUUAUUUCAAGAAACGUCGAUAGUUAAAAAUAGCCAAACUCCCAGACGCAUAAAAAAAUUCAGCCGCCCUCCAGAUCCUAUGAAAAUCUACAGUCUCAUCUUUUACGGUUAUAAAAAAA